AUGGAUAACAACAUCAGUGAGAGCCCACUUCGUCCCAAGUGGAGGAAGGUCGCUUAUGGAGGAAUGCAGCCUGGGUUUGAUGACAAUCACACUGACGAGUCUUUUCUUGAAGAUAUGGUCAUGAAUGCUAAUGUUGUUAAGCGGGACAUACUAAAGGUGAUGCAAGACUCAGUUUGUAUCUCUCAGUAUCUGUGCAUUGUUGCGCUUGUCGGCUUGGUGUGGACUCACACCCUUCAAUCAACCCUUGAUGAAAAUUCCCUCUUGCUCCUUGAUGCAAGCCUUUUCGGAUCAGGCUUUUUAGUUCUGCUUUUAACCAAAGAAAUGCGCUCUUUGAAUCUUCUCUUCCAUUAUGUCCUCAAUAUCUCUUUUUUCACAACUGGUUUGUAUAUUUUAGCUCCUAUUUACCACACACUCACGAGGUCCAUAAGCUCAGACUCCAUCUGGGCAGUAACUGUUUCCCUUGUCCUACUUCAUCUCUUCCUGCAUGACUAUUCAGGAUCGACCAUUAAAGCUCCCGUGGCCUUAAAAAACCCAAGCUUAACCAGUUGUGUCUCUUUAAAUGCUUCUGUCGUCGCUUCAGUUUUUAUUGCGUCUCGCCUUCCAUCAAGGCUGCAUGUAUUUGCCAUCAUGCUAUUUUCAUUGCAAGUCUUCCUUUUUGCUCCAUUUGUCACUUACUGUAUCAAGAAAUUCUCCUUCCGCUUGCAUCUUCUGUUUUCCUUUGGGUUGAUGGCCGUGACCCUGGCUUUGGUUUAUACGCUGCACCACUUACUUUUUGUGCUACUGCUUGGUUUAUUGGUGUUUAUAAGCAUUGUCUGUCCUUACUGGCUCAUAAGAAUUCAGGAAUACAAGUUUGAGAUCAAUGGUCCUUGGGAUGAGGCUAAGCUUUGUUUCAACGUAACAGAUUGA